CCUAUGUAGCGGGGCGCGGAGCCCCGCUCUCGCAACUCAAGAUGGCGGACGAGAGUGAGACAGCAGUGAAGCCGCUGGCAUCUCCGCUGCUGCAGAUGAUGGAAGGGAACGGGAACGGCCAUGAGCACUGCAGCGAUUGCGAGAAUGAGGAGGACAACAGCUACAACCGAGGUGGUUUGAGUCCAGCCAAUGACACUGGAGCCAAAAAGAAGAAAAAGAAACAAAAAAAGAAGAAAGAAAAAGGCAGUGAGACAGAUUCAACCCAGGAUCAGCCUGUAAAGAUGAACUCUUUGCCAGCAGAGAGGAUCCAGGAAAUACAGAAGGCCAUUGAGCUGUUCUCAGUGGGUCAGGGACCUGCCAAAACCAUGGAGGAGGCUAGCAAGCGAAGCUACCAGUUCUGGGAUACGCAGCCUGUCCCCAAGCUGGGUGAAGUGGUGAACACCCAUGGCCCCGUGGAACCUGACAAGGACAAUAUCCGCCAGGAGCCCUACACCCUGCCCCAGGGCUUCACCUGGGAUGCCUUGGACCUGGGCGACCGCGGUGUGCUGAAAGAACUAUACACCCUCCUGAAUGAGAACUAUGUGGAAGAUGAUGACAACAUGUUCCGGUUUGAUUAUUCCCCAGAGUUUCUUUUGUGGGCUCUCCGGCCACCCGGCUGGCUCCCCCAGUGGCACUGCGGGGUUCGAGUGGUCUCAAGUCGGAAAUUGGUUGGGUUCAUUAGCGCCAUCCCAGCAAACAUCCAUAUCUAUGACACAGAGAAGAAGAUGGUGGAGAUCAACUUCCUUUGUGUCCACAAGAAGCUGCGCUCCAAGAGGGUGGCUCCAGUCCUGAUCCGCGAGAUUACCAGGCGGGUUCACCUGGAGGGCAUCUUCCAAGCUGUUUACACUGCCGGGGUGGUACUACCAAAGCCCGUUGGCACCUGCAGGUAUUGGCAUCGGUCCCUAAACCCACGGAAGCUGAUUGAAGUGAAGUUCUCCCACCUGAGCAGAAAUAUGACCAUGCAGCGCACCAUGAAGCUCUACCGACUGCCAGAGACUCCCAAGACAGCUGGGCUGCGACCAAUGGAAACAAAGGACAUUCCAGUAGUGCACCAGCUCCUCACCAGGUACUUGAAGCAAUUUCACCUUACACCCGUCAUGAGCCAGGAGGAGGUGGAGCACUGGUUCUACCCCCAGGAGAAUAUAAUCGACACUUUCGUGGUGGAGAACUCAAAUGGAGAGGUGACGGAUUUCCUGAGCUUUUAUACGCUGCCCUCCACCAUCAUGAACCAUCCAACCCACAAGAGUCUCAAAGCUGCUUAUUCUUUCUACAAUGUUCACACCCAGACCCCUCUUCUAGACCUCAUGAGCGACGCCCUUGUCCUCGCCAAAAUGAAAGGGUUUGAUGUGUUCAAUGCACUGGAUCUCAUGGAGAACAAAACCUUCCUGGAGAAGCUCAAGUUUGGCAUAGGGGACGGCAACCUGCAGUAUUACCUUUACAAUUGGAAAUGCCCCAGCAUGGGGGCAGAGAAGGUUGGACUGGUGUUACAAUAACCAGUCACCAGUGAGAUUCUGGAUAAAGCCACUGAAAAUUCGAACCAGGAAAUGGAACCCCACCACUGUUGGUCCAGUUUUCACACACGUGAGAAUCCCUGGCAAAGGGAGCAGAACUGAACCGGCUUUACCAAACCGCCAGCGAACUUGACAAUUGUAUUGCGAUGGCGUGGGCUGCGUGAUGUCACCUCCGGUCGUGUCUCUGGUCUCCGUGUUUUCCAGUUAAUUACAUCUUCAUGCAGCCGUCAUCAAGGGAAUGUAACUGCUGAAAACUAGCUCGUGAUUGGCAUAUAAUGGAGUUAACGGGUGAAUAAUAAAAGUAUAUAUAUAUAUUAUAUAUAUAUAAAUAUUUUAAAUAUCUUUCAUGUUCCAAAUGUGCAAGGAUGUUUGGUCUUUAAUGUAAAGCUGAAUCCAGAUCAUUCCUCAGAAUGAGGACCCGAGGACAGUGGCAGACAGAUGCGUUGGCACAGUCAUGGUUUCCUCCAGAGGAGACAUUGACUUAUCUUGGGGAAAAAGAGGAUCUGGAGAACCUCAUCCAGUUCCCCUUCUGAAUCAGCUGGGAUGACUGGCUUUGAGAAGGAAGGGAAGGUGGAACAGGCUCAGAUCUCACUGGAUGGCACGUGGAGCUCUUGUCUGGGGCUGACCCUGGGCAGGGACUUUCCUGCAGGGCCAGACCUGCCUGCAUUUUGAGACACAGCAAUGGGACGGUCCGCAGAAGCAGACCUCAUUGAUCGAGUCCCUUCUUCCAUCCCCUUGACCUGCUCCCUGUAGGAGGUAAUCCUGCCAACUGAUUCAAAAGGGCUCUUGAGCCAGCUGUUGCCAACCUUAAAGGGAUGAGUCCCCUGUGAGAUUUUGCUUUUCCACUGCCUGGGAUGACUGGCAGUUUGAAGAGGCCCUUGGACCUCCUUUGUAGCAUCAGGGACCUUUGGAGACCAUAUCAGUGUAAACCCUGCUUAGCUCAUCUUAGAGCAAAGAGCCAGCACCCUGAUGUCCCCAGGGGGUCUGGGCAGGAGUGGCAUGGGGUCAAUACCCAGACCCCUUCAGCCACCAGCCCCUGGCCUGUGCCUUCCAACCCAUUAGCCAUUUCUUGUUUCCAAGAUACAGCCUGCAAGUGGCAGCAAGAAGUGAUUAGAGGCAGAUCUGGACUUGGCAACAGAAAUGGUUUCCCAUCACCAUUGUCUGAGUCUGACUUUUGCUGAUGCUGUUUUGUGGAUUUUUAUGGUAGUGAUGGUUGUUGAUGCUGCCAGUUUCCCAAAAAAUAAUCAAGCCUCUGGCCGCAUGUCUGUCGAUGUAGGCAUUCUUGAGUGGUGUUCAGCCACGUGGCCUGGGCAGAAUUGGGCUGUGGAAUUGUCAGGAACCCACUUCCAGGCUUGGAUGUAAUUUUUGCUCUAGAGAGAAGCAAGUGGUGGGGAGGAGGUAGCAUGACGUGUGGCGUGUGGGGUUUCCUUGCUGCCGUCACCUCUCCGCUCAUACGGGAAUGAAGCCUUAGCCAGGAGGCCAGGCUCAGCCCUGUGCCACUCACCGAAGCCACGCUCUGCAGGCCAGCAGGGGCUUGUUUCAGGCUGUGGGUUUUGGUGUGGUGUGUCAGAGGCUAAUUCUGCAGAGUUGCCAAAACCAGGAGACAUCGUAUGCUUGGGAUGGGGGCCGUGCCACCUGUGGGGAUGCUGCCCGCUCUGCAGGAUGGGGGCCGUGCCACCUGUGGGGAUGCUGCCCGCUCUGCAGAUUGCUGCUAGAGCCAGCAACUUCACUAAGGUGGAUUUUCGUCAGAGGCCUGCAGGGGCCUCCCUUUUCCCAUUGUUCCUGUGCUGCAAACUGUAGGCCCCAGCAAUCGUGACUGACGUUUGACUCCUUGACUCCAAGAAACCAAGACCAAAGAAGCUGCUGUUCUUAGCAAGAUGCGCACUGCAUUCCGCAGACGGGAGGAGUCGGAGGCAGGGGGCUUGCUUUGCAGCCUCACAGACAACAACAGUUGCACAGCACCUCAAGCCCCAGAGUGACUCACCCUGUCCAGACCUUUGAGGAUAUCAAAGAAUAAAGUGCACAAGUCUUUCCUACGUUGGGGGAACCUGGAACUUGGAAAGGCUCCCUGUCCUAGUCUUGGUCUGUUCUGGGCCAGGUCCCAGCUUGAGCUGCCUCUGAGAUUUGGGCUGUGUGGAUCUCUGGAGUGAGCUCUGUUUCGGUUGACCCAGGUCAUGGAAUGGAAACGGUGAGGCCCCAGUGGCUGUUCUGGAAGAAACAGAUCUCCUGGCAAAGGCCCAGGCAUCUCCCUCACUGAAACCAGGUUCCCUGCUCCUUGGACUCUGCUUUAUCUCACGGUGAGAACCCUGCUCAGGUGUGCAGGGAAUGGCUUGGGGGCUGCUUGCUGCUCGUCUGAUUUUUGUCCCAAUAGUCCCUGCGUUCUUCAUUCAAACCCUUCUGGGACUUCAGGUCAGAGAGCACCAUCCUGGGGGUCAGGGCCUCCCCACAGGAGCCCUGCAGUGUGGUGGCGUCAUGGCUGGCUUGAACCAAGCAAAGGAAGGACCCUGAAGCCUUCACGCUAACCGUCCUUGAGCAGCCGCUGUUGGAAGGCCUCCCUGGGUCUGGCCCCCACCCUCUGCCACCCAGUCCUCCCAGCUGCCAUGUUUCAAAGACCACCUUUACCUCCUGCCUUUGGAUUGACUGCAUUUGACCACGGACUCCAGUCUGUAUAGGGAGAGAGCUGAGUUGGAGGCCUCCGCUCCGGAUCGAGGUCUGUAUAGGGCUCGUUUCCCCACACAUGCCUAUUUCUGAAGAGGCUCCUGUCUUAUUUGAAGGCCGGCCCACACCCAGCUACUUUAACAUCAGGUUUAUGGAAAAUGUCAGGCCUUCCCCACAACUCCCAUAUAACUGGUAUCACUCCCCUACUUGCUGGCUCUCGGAAGCCCAGGGGAGUCCCUGUGGUCCUGAAUUCUUUCCCCGGAGAUGACCAGCAUUUAACCAACCUAAGGGCCCAAAGGCGUUGGACAGCUGCAUGGAGCUGUGGUCUGGGAGAGGGAGGGGCACCAGAUGCUAGGUCAGGGGAGGGGGCAGGAGUGUCCCUCCCGUCAGUGCCUACCCACCUGUGGGGCAGCCUUCUGACGGCCUGGCCCACCUUCCCCAGAACCAGGGGAGGCCUGAGGCUUCAGUUUUGCUCUGCUGCAAAAUGAAGGCAGGCCCACAAGCCGACUGCACCUAGGGAGGCUGUUUAGGACAAAUUUCAUUCCAUUAAAUUAAAAAAUACUGACCAGCUGGCAGGCAGGUGCCACAUCUGGGAACAGGGAUGGGGGAGCUUCACCUUUUUGUCGUGGCUUUUCAUUGGGCUGUGGUGGGGGGGGGCAUCCAUUCCCAGGGAAGGGGAGGAAAUACCAAAUGCAUUGUUCUGCUCAAUACAUCUCACUUGUUUCUAAUAAAGAAAGCAGCUGAACAAA